AAUAAUUUUAAACAAAGUAGCCCCAAUUAUGAUUCUGCAGAAUUGAUCAUUAAUAAUAAACUUGUAGCAUAUUCUCAUGAUGGUGAACCAGUAUAUUCUAACAAUGCUGAAUGUUUAAGACCAGCCUCAGCCGAAUGUAAAUCUUUUUCUAGAAGAUCUUUGGAUAUGCUUUUACAAGAAAAACA